UGUGACCAAGGACUCUUGGAAGUUAAGUAUAUGUCCCCACGAUAUUGUCUGUGUAAUAUUCGUGUCUGACCAUAGCUCGAUACAGAAUUUGCGUGAUAGUGCUCUUUUUCUGCAGCGAAUUGUUACAUUAAUUACCCUGAAGUGCGAAAUUUUACGAUUUAACAAUACAAAUGUACACGAUACAUGUAUCGACAUUCAGGUUAUGAUUAUGAUUGGCUUCUUUAAAAUGUUUUAAACCAUUUGAAACGUGAUUUAUUUGAAUACAGAAAAAAAAUCAUGACCGUAGAAUGAUCUUUAACGUAGAAGUGCGGAUUUCAUGAUUAUUUUUUGUUCCGAUGAAAGUUAUCCGAUAAAACAACUGCAGCAAAAAAGUUGAUUACACCUUAAUAAAGAAUAUCGCCAAAAUUUUGUUAUACAAAUAUUGGAUUAUGUAAUAAAGGAUUUUGCAGCAGGAUUUGGUUUCAAACAGGACAAAAUUGAUGGUGGACACAAUACUUAGCUCCAAAAUGUACGCCACAAAACGGAGACGCCGCACCGUCAAAAGUGUGAAGACUCCGACAAAAGAUCCGCCAAAGAGUAACCCAAGCAAACGGCAUCGAGAGCGCCUUAAUGGAGAACUCGACCACCUGGCAAGCCUGUUACCAUUUGAGCAAAGUGUGAUCUCAAAACUAGACAAGCUCUCCAUUCUGAGACUGGGUGUCAGCUAUCUCAGAGCUAAAAGCUAUUUUCAAGCUGUGCUGCCUGGCAACCGAUAUAAUUUGGACCAUGGUCUAUUAGGGAGAAGUCAUUUAUUUGCAGACCCCUCAUUUUCCGAGGGAGAAAGUAUUUUACAGGCACUUUACGGUUUUCUGUUUGUGGUGACAUGUGACAGUGAGGUCUUCUACGCGUCACGGACAGUCGAACAGUACCUCGGGUUUCAUCAGUCGGACAUCAUACAUCAAAGUGUUAUGGAACUGAUUCAUUCUGAAGACAGGGAAGAGUUUAAACGUCAGCUCACUUGGAACUCCAUGUUACCGGCGGAUAAAUCCAACCUAACCCUACAUGAAGUUAUGAUGCCAGAAAACUACCAUUAUCUACAUAGGUCAUUCACAGUCAGAUUCCGUUGUCUCCUAGACAACACAUCAGGAUUCAUUACACUAGAGAUAAGUGGUUGGAUAAGAGUGAUGCAUGGCCAGCCAAACAGAAGCGAGGACCCACAACUUGCCUUGUUUGCUACAUGUUGCCCAUUUGGCCCUCUGUCUCUAAUGGACCUACCUUCAAGGGAGCUAACUUUUAAAUCAAAACAUAAAAUGGACUUCUCUCCCCUGUCUAUGGAUAAUAGGGGUCGCAUGAUGUUUGGUUAUGGUGACCGGGAACUUGCCAGCAAGUCUGGUUACGAUCUCAUUCAUCCAGACGAUCUCAACUACUUUUCUGCGGCCCACGGUGAAUUGAUAAAGACAGGCAGUGCUGGACUAAUUGCCUACCGAUGGUUUACGAAGGAUUUCCAAUGGGUGUGGCUCCAGUCAAGUUGUAAAGUCAUCUACAAAAACAGUAAACCAGACUUUGUCAUAGCUACACAUCGACAGUUAACGGAGGAUGAAGGUCAAGAUUUAUUUCACAAGCGAGGAAAUGAGUUUAAGUUACCAUACCCACUUCUUGACCUUGACAUGUGCUCAGGGUUUGACUUUCCAAAUGAUGACCUUGUCUCAAAGAUGAAGGGCAACAGGAACAAAAAGCCAAAAACACAAGUCAGAGAUUUUCUUCAGAAUAACAAAAAGCGGAAAAACGGAAAAGAAGGCGUUAACGGAUUUUAUGGGACCUAUCCGGCGAUAAAUGGUUACGAGAAUAGUGAAUAUAAACCAGAAUUCUUGUACCAUUAUCCGAGUAAUAAUCUCGGAAUAGAGUCAGAUCUGUUGUAUAAUCGGCCUCACACGUAUGGCUCUUUAGGGGGGUCAAUGUAUACGACCCCCGACCCUUAUCGAUUGGAUAUGGAGAAACAUGGGUAUACGAAUGGAUAUUACCUUAGUGAUACACAUAGACAAUAUCAACACACUUUAUCGUAUCAUAGCAACAGCUAUGCUGACCUUGUAUCGCAGGGUUCUAAAUAUGGAUAUGGUUUAGACACAUACAGCCUAGAUUUAGCGAAGAAAGUACACUAUAAUGAGGACUAUAGUCGCAUAGACAAUGACUAUAAAAAAUAUAGUUACGAUUAUCGGCCUGACUGGUUAACACAGAGACUUAAUGGUGGCCUGGAACCAGUGGACCUGAGAUCAUCAUCAAUGUAUGCUAGUUCACUGGAAACGGGAACCAGUUCUGCUCCAUCAAAUAUAUUUAAAGCUGAUUCUUGCCAGAGUUAUCUGCCCAACAAAGACUCUAAGGGAAUUACCUCCCAUGAUGAUAUGAAUUCAGUGAAUGGAAAUUUACAAACAAUGAAUCAUAGCUCAGUGAUUAAAAAUAUGUCUAGUCCGAGGCCAUUGACUCAGAACCGUUGCUCUAGUGUUGAAAAUUUGAACAGUCCAAAUAACUACCAUUCAGCACAGCAACAACAACAACAGCGAGGAAAUGUUAUUCACAAUGGGUCGGCUUGGUCUCAGUGUGUUAAAACAGGACAAUCUCUCAACCCAAGCCCUAUAAGUAACCCUCAUUCUGAUAGUGGGAAUAGCCCAAAACAUGGGCUAGACAUUGGUGCCCGAGAUAUAAAUAGGAAUCAUUUAACUGACAAAACUGAUGGAAUUCACAUAGGAGCUGAAAGUCCCAUGUCAGGGGCAACACCGGCAUCUGUCAUACAUUCAUCAGUCUCAUACAAAAAUAUACAUGAUAGGUCAUGUGACAAGCAGCCAUUGGUUGGAGGAAUUCCUGUUCCCGUCGUGAAAUCUCCAUGGAUGCAUCAGUUCCCAGCUUCACAUAACACAUAUUCAGAGUUUAAAGAUCCAUGGACUGUCUCAUCUAAUGAUAUGUAUGCCUACCAGCGUACUACAUUAACACAUGGACCAAAAAUUGCCAUUCCUUGAUGACUGGAAGAAUUGUUAAACAGUCAAAUGAUCAAAAAUGUCAUUCCAUGAAUUAUCAAACAAUUGAAUGACCAAAAUUGUCAUUCCAUGAUUAAAGGGCCAUGUCUUUUGUAGGAAACCCAUGGACUAAAAAUUGCCAUUUCUUUUGAUGAAUGAAAGAAUUAUCAAACAAUUGAAUGACCAAAAUUGUCAUUCCAUGAUAAUAGGGGCAUGUCUGCUGUAGGAUUGACCAAAAACUGCCAUUCUUCAAUUAGCAGACCAAUGGACUAAAAAAGCUGUUAGCAGACCAAUGGACCAAAAAUUGCCAUUUCUGAACAAAAUAUUUAUUUACUGAAGGAACAAUGCAUCAAGAUGAAAGGCAACUUGUUUGUCGGAAGAACCAUUGGCCAAAAUUGGAAUUCCUAGAUAAAAGUCAAUUGCUUAUCACUUAUUAGAGAAAUCAUGGUACAAAAACCAAAUUAUACAUGUAGAAACAAUGGACCAAAUAUUACCAUUCCAUAUUAAUAAAAGAAGCAUUUUUUAGAUGACAUACGGUAGUUGAAGAGUUAUUUCUAUUUAAGAAAUGAAUAAAAAGGCUUUGUUAAAAAAGUUUAAAGAAAUGAGAUAUUUUUUGUGUAUUCAUCAGAUGAUAGCCAAUAGCAAAUGACAAAUCUUGGUUAAAGAGGUAUAUCAUUUAAUACUGUAUAUAUCUUCUUUAUUUAUUAAUGUAAAGAUACAAAUGUGUUGCACCAAACAUUUCACAAUGAAGUUAUGUCAGUUUUUGAGAAAUUUGUUAUGUAUUGCUGCUGUUGUUCAGAGCAAGUUUGAAGUGGGAAGAGAUUCGGAAUGGUGCUGUUUUAGGGAAACUUGUAAAUUAUUUCAUAUUUAGGUUUGAACUUGACUCUCUGUAGAUGAUUUAGUGAAAUCUUUUUACAGUUAAUAAGGCUAAAACUUUAAAUCAAGCAUAUAGCAUAUAUAGGAGAUUUAUUUCUGUUAAUAAAGCUGAAUAAAUUAAUCCUUUUGCCUGGUUCAGGUCAAUGAUUUAACCCACGUGGCCAGUGCUGACCAAAUUUAGCUGGCACAUUCUGUUUCAAAUCUAAAAGCAGGGCAAACUUAUUUUACUAAUUCUGCAGGAUAAUGAUUAUGAGUUUGUGAAAAAAAUAACAAAUUGUCACAUCAGUGCAGCAACGAGUUAACUCCUAUUAAAUUUAAAUCUGAGUUAACCUGUUAUUGCACUAACAUGACAAAAUAAUUAAAUACAUUUAAAAAGAGUUUGUACAGGCUAAAAUACUAUACUAGAAAAUAGAUAUGUGUAGUUUAGGACAUAGAAUGUUAUAUAUUUAUUUUACAUGAAAAGUAUAAUAAUUUUGUUUUUUGUUAUGUCUGCAUUUUAAAUCACGAAAAUGUGUAAAUGUGCAAUAUGGAAUUGUAAAUAUGAUUUUUUAUGAGUUCCAUUUUUAAAUGUUUAUCUAAAUAAAGAAGAAAAAAAUCGAUUUUUUUCCUUUAACCUAUUUCUUGUUUUUCUUGUUUCUACACAAAACUGUUGUGAUAAUUAGUCUGUUGUAAAAUAUUGAAGAAGAAUAUCACUUUGUACUUUUAUGCUUAUAAAAAAAUCAGAAAGCCAGUCUAAGAUAGGAAUGUUUUCAUUGGUCAAUUUGAAUAUUGAUUUAAAAUUAAGCCAAUCAGAAAUGUUUAUGGACUGGUUGCUAAAAAUGGUAUAAAAUUUAUCUUGUUCAUUAAAGGAAAGAUUUGUUUUCCUCAAUAACAUUUAAGGCAAUGCUUGGUGGAUUCAAAAUACGGAAUAUUUAAAUUCUUGUGGAUUUAUUUAGGAAAGACUUUUUUGGCUUCAGUGACAUGAAAGAUAAUUCUCUGUAAAUUUAACAUACUGAUGGCAAAAUUUGGAGUUUGAGCCCUGUCUUUGGGUAAUGAUAAUGAAAACAUUUUUUUGUGAAAAUCAGUAAUUGUAUCAUUGUCAAAAUAACUGCAUCUUAUUUAUUUCAUCAAACAUUAUACUCAAUGCCAUCAGGACAGUUUCACCUACUUAAUGUCAGCAUAUUGAAUUUCUGUUUUUAGAAAUGUUAGUGAAAAGAAUGUCUCAGACAAAUUUGUUUGGUAAAAAUUACAAUUAUUGUAACUACAUCUAGUUUGGCAUUUUUUUAGAAUUUUUUUAGAGAUUAUUUAUAUAUUCAUAUUUGUUUUUUAUUUAUCAUUCCUUAAUGACAUCAAAGCAAAUGCAGUAUUCAAAGCAAAUCUAUAAAUAACUUUAUGUAUAUUACACAACUUCAGGAUUUUAAACAAAUUUGUUUACUAGUAAGAGUAAACUUACAGUGCUAAAAGCAACAAGAGUUGCAUAUGGCAAUAGUGCAAAGCCAGGCCAGCUUGCAAAUGUUUGCAAUCUAACAAGGGUCUGUUCUAAAGGUCACAGGUUUUAAUUGAUAUACUUAUCAAUAUUUGAAAUCCCUUGCAGUUUCUAAUUUAAAGUACAGCAAGUCCAUUAUGUAUAGACCAUUUUACAACUGAUGAAUACUGAUAAAGUCUAUUAUUUCCUUAUUGCCUUUUGCCCUACGCAGAAUUCGCAUGCGCGAAAUACUACUUCCGUUUCUAUGGAAAUAUCGUAGUGUAAAAAGGUAUAGUUUGCAGGGCAUGAUAUUUCUAUAUUUCUUCAUUUUUGGAACUAGCCUCUUAUGUCUCCUGUAGACAAUAAUAGUUAGGAGUUUGAUAUUUAACUGAAGCUAAACAUUUCAUACAUGAGAUAGUCUCGGUACAUUAAAAAUGGUCGUUUUUAUAGCUUAACUAAUAAUUAUGCAGUUUUACAUUGUACAAAAUCAUAGGAUUUGUUUAACUUCUGUAUAAUUAUAAAGAAACAAAAUAAUUUUAGGGUAUUAAAUAAAGAAAGGAACCAUUGCAUUUAAUGUUUAUGUUUUUACUUUGUUGGUGUUGUUGUUGAUUCCGUUCUUAAAGGAAAACUAAAAAAGUCUUCAUAAAAAAAUAACCUCUUAUCAAAAAUAUGGGAGAGGAAAGAAAAAGAAACAAGUUUAAGAGCACUUAAUUUUAUUGACGUUAGAUCAACUUUCCUCAAGUUUGAUUGAAUAUUCAGAAGUUCAUUUUCCCAACAAAAUAAGCUGUUAUAGUUUUAUAUUUUAUUUCUUAUAUGAUUUCAAAAAAAAAGUUGUUAUGAAAUUUUCAGAAACCUUGAAAUAAAUGUGUUUCCAGGGUAACCUGAUCUAAAUUUAAACAAGAUUUGCUUUCUAAUGUAUAAAACUUGCAACUUUACCAUCUAGAAGUGAGUUAAUUGUUGUGACGUAACUAGGUCAACGUAUUGAAUUAAAAUUUUCCCUUAGAAAUUAGAUAACAUCAAUUUGAAUUUAGCGCAUCCAAAAAAUUAAGUCAAUUGUUGUCAUUUUUUAAAAUAAUUCGGAGUAUAAAUGGAAUAAGUUAACACAAUAUAAGGGAAUUACAACCUAAAGAAAAUUCACUGCUGUGAACAUCAGUGUUUUUUGUUGUUUUGAUAAAUAAUUUCAAUAAAGUGUCAUGAACUUAAUGUCAUAAUAACAAUGUGUAGAUGUGGCAGACUAGAAUUUUUACGUUGAGAUAUUGUUCUACAUAAAGUUUUUCGUGUAAUGGCAAUAUCUCCCCUGUAGAAGCAAGAUCUAGCUUUGGCACAAACAAUAAUUUUUUCACUGAUAUAUGAGAUUAAAUGAUUUGCGUGUAAAAAGCCCUGUAACGUUUUUGGUUCAAGCAGUGCUAUUAAAGUGAAGAAUAACGCAAACAUGCGCAUUUGUGAAUUGUCCCAUCGGCUCGUUGCUUUAAGCGGCCAAUUUUUAGAAUUUAUAAAUUACGGAAAACCUCAUAAAUUAACUGAACAAUUCUUAAUCAUUUCAGUUAUAUAAUUUUAAAUGACGUGAAAUCGGAUUUAAAAAAUAAACAUUAUGUUAACUUUUGUAAUCCCUAAAACUUUGACUGGCAUUAAAUAAAACACAAGUUUUGACAUUAGUUUUCCUUUUGUUAAAUAAAUGUUAAAAAUGCUAUUAUAGUACAAUGUAAUUGCAUUGACCCUGAUUAACAACAACACUUGCAGUAGUAUGCAUUUAAAUUUGCUAUUGUGUACAAUAUUUUAAAACAUGUGUCUAUUCAUAUAUUUUGUUAUUUAACUGUCACUAUGAAUUUAUUGUUAUUGUAUAUUUUUGUCAAAGAAUUCAAAAUAUACCAUUUGUUUCUUAUUUAAAAUGAUAUUAAAUUUCAAAUGACAAUAA